CAGCAGCCGCGCCCCGCCCGCCCCGGCCCCGCCCUCCAGGACGUCCCGCCGGGCAGCCCGCGAGCGGCAGGCACAGCGGGGCGGCUGCGCCUCUGCCUAGGCGCGACAGGGGAAAUAAAAGGAAAAAGGCAAACCCCACUGCAAGUGACUAUAAGGCGAUGCCAGGACGAGUGAGUGAGAGUGACUUGGGUGAUUCUGAGUGAGUCAGUCAGGGAGGCCUUCCUGGAGGAGGUAAUAGGUGCUUGGCAGCCCUGCUAUCUCCUGUUCACUUGACUGGGUUGGAAGACUGCCCUUCCCCAGCUCACUGCGCCCCCUCGCUUCUGGGAUCUGCUGAGGCCCCCCCGUGUGGCCACCGCAACACAUCGAACUAUUUCUAGGGUCAGGCCCAGCACCCGGAGCUGACCCUGCCCGGGCCCUGAAUGGUUCCAGAGGAUGAGGCUCCUCCGCAGACGCCACAUGCCCCUGCGCUUGGCCGUGGUGGGCAGCGCCUUCGUGCUCUUCCUCUUCAUCCUGCAGAGGGAUGUAAGCAACAGGGAACAGGUCACAGAGAAACCGUGGCUGAAGUCCUUGGUGAGCCAGAAGGAUCACGUCCUGGACCUCAUGUUGGGAGCUGUGAACAACAUUAAGGACUCAAUGCCAAAGCUCCAAAUCAGGGCCCCGGAGCCCCAGGAAACAGCGGUCACCACAAACCAGUCCUGCCUCCCUGGGUUCUACACUUUAGCUGAGCUGAAGCCCUUCUGGGAACGGCCCCCCCAGGACCCCAACAGCCCUGGGGCAGAUGGGAAAGCAUUUCAGAAGAGCGAGUGGAGCCCCCUGGAGACCCAAGAGAAGGAAGAGGGCUACAAGAAGCACUGCUUCAAUGCCUUUGCCAGUGCUCGGAUCUCCCUGCAGAGGGCGCUGGGGCCAGACACCAGGCCCCCUGAAUGUGUUGACCAGAAGUUCCGGCGCUGCCCCCCACUACCCACCACCAGCGUCGUCAUCGUGUUCCACAAUGAAGCCUGGUCCACGCUGCUGCGAACGGUGUACAGUGUCCUGCACACCAGCCCCGCCAUCCUGCUUAAGGAGAUCAUCCUGGUGGACGAUGCCAGCACUGAGGAGUACUUAAAGGAGCCACUGGAGCAGUACGUGAAGCAGCUACAGGUCGUGAGGGUGGUGCGGCAGGAGAAACGGAAGGGGCUGAUCACCGCCCGGCUGCUGGGAGCCAGCGUCGCCCAGGCAGAGGUGCUCACCUUCCUGGAUGCCCACUGUGAGUGCUUCCACGGCUGGCUGGAGCCCCUCCUGGCUCGCAUCGCCCAGGAUGAGACAGUGGUGGUGAGCCCAGACAUCGUCACCAUCGACCUUAACACUUUUGAGUUCUCCAAGCCCGUCCAGCGGGGCAGAGUCCAUAGUCGUGGCAACUUUGACUGGAGCCUGACUUUCGGCUGGGAGACUCUACCCACACAUGAGAAGCAGAGGCGCAAGGAUGAGACCUACCCCAUCAAGUCCCCGACGUUUGCUGGCGGCCUCUUCUCCAUAUCCAGGUCCUACUUUGAGCACAUCGGUACCUAUGAUAACCAGAUGGAGAUCUGGGGAGGGGAGAACGUGGAAAUGUCCUUCAGGGUGUGGCAGUGUGGGGGCCAGCUGGAGAUCAUUCCCUGCUCUGUGGUAGGCCAUGUGUUCCGUACCAAGAGCCCCCACACCUUCCCCAAAGGCAUCAGUGUCAUUGCUCGCAACCAGGUGCGCCUGGCUGAGGUCUGGAUGGAUAACUACAAGGAGAUUUUCUACCGGAGAAAUAUACAGGCAGCAAAGAUGGCCCAAGAGAAAUCCUUUGGUGACAUUUCGGAGCGACUGCAGCUGAGGGGACAACUACACUGUCACAACUUCUCCUGGUUCCUGAGUAACAUCUACCCAGAGAUGUUUGUUCCUGACCUGAAGCCCACCUUCUACGGAGCUAUGAGGAACCUCGGCAUCAAUCAAUGUCUGGAUGUGGGUGAGAACAACCAUGGAGGAAAGCCCCUCAUCAUGUAUGCCUGUCACGGCCUUGGGGGUAACCAGUAUUUUGAGUAUACAACCCAGAAGGACCUUCGCCACAACAUCGCAAAGCAGCUGUGUCUACAUGUUAGUGCUGGCGCUCUAGGCCUCAGGGGCUGUCACUUCACUGGCAAAAAUAGCCGAGUCCCCAAGGAUGAAGAAUGGGAAUUAACCCAGGACCAGCUAAUCAGGAACUCAGGAUCUGGGACCUGCCUGACAACUAAGGACCUAAAGCCAGCCAUGGCCUCCUGUAAUCCCAGCGAUCCCCACCAGCACUGGCUGUUCAACUAGGCCCCAGAUCAUCCUCUGUGGGAGGGAGUUCCCACACAUCUCUCAGGAAACAGGAUUUUGGGGAACCUGAUGUUUGGGAACCUGAUCAUCAGUCUCUCUCUAGGCCUUAAAGAUGUACUUCUAAACCCAGUGGACGUCAAGGCAGGACCUUCCUGCUCCCUGCAACAUCAUUGGGCCUGUUUUCUGUUCCACAUCAAUGGACAAGACCAUUAGAGCACAUAGCCCUUGGCCUAGAGCUUCCCCUCUGUCCUAGGCACAGACUUCCAAAGCAGAGAAGGAAGCUGGGGUAGGGCUUUGGACAGCAAUGCCUCAUUCAAGAAAAGUGCCUCUGCAGCCACAUCCUGUAUCCCUGGUCAUCUAGAGCACCUACAAAAUCUAGUGAAAUAUUCCAACAGAGGGAUUAGAGGUUAAGAGUCUCCCUUGCUGAUACCCAAAGUUGAUAGAGCUCUUUAUAGAAAGCACCUUAACAGAAAUCCAUUAUCUUACUUCAUUGGCACAAUAAUCCUGUGAAAGAGACAGGACAUGGACCACUGUGCCCAUUUUAUAGAUAAGAAAGCUGAGGCAGAGAGAGGUAAAGGAGCUUGUCUGUACUCCCACAGGUAGUGGAUGGCUGGAGCCGAGACACUCAAUCUCGAAUGCCGAACCAGACUCCUUCCACCACACCACAGGAACACUAGACACCUAGCCAUCAGCCUUCUCAGUCUCUCUUUCCUUCAUUUGGAUCAUUCCUGGCUGGCUGUUUCCAUAAAGCCUAGAACAAUGAAGCCAGGUAGCCACGAGGGAGACCACAUUUGGGAACCCGGGAUAUUGGUAUUGAAAGCAAACUCACAGAGCCAGUGAUUCUCAGGUUUAAGUCCCAGAACCCUUUUUCCAAUGUUCCAUGUGGGUGAAACUGAGGGUGGAGGGCAGUGCCCAACAGCCUCUGAACUGCUGAAGGUCUGUAAGAACAAUGUGAAAAACACUGUUUUAGUCCAGCCCUAUCAUUUCCAUAUUAUGAAAGCAAGGCCAGCUAAGUGAAACAGUUUGUCCAAGGCCACCCAGCAAGCUAUUGGCAGCCCUGCAGCUAGGACCCAGAUAAGAGUCCUGGGAAGUCUGAGGAAGCAGGGACUGUAGAAUCAAGCAUGGCUGGCCUUGUCUGCUGUACGCACAUGAAGUCCCCGUGUGGAACAGACCUGGCAUGCAUGGCAGCUCUUUUCCAAGCUAGUUGGACCCCCACCACGCAUGGGCUACUUAGCCUGGGUUAGAGAGCCCAGGGGCCUAGAGGACUUGCAUUCCUUCCAUAAGGGCUCCUGUCAAUAGCAGGCUGUCAUCUGGGCCGUGACCACAUGGGCCUGUCAUGGGACCACCGCGGCCUCUCCUCUCCAACGACACUGCAGGAGGGCUUGCUAGUCCCUGGGAUCCCGCAGGGUCUUGUGGAGGGAACAGUACCGGGUCGCCCAAACAAAGGGAGAGGAGAGGGUGCCCAGGGUCUGAUCUGGAGUGGGGAAAGGAAAAGAUCUUUCCCAGAAGGAGAAGAGAAUUGUACAUAAGACCCCGGUGAAAAUAAAGGUUCUAUGGCGAUGGUAAA